AUGGCACUGAGUGGCGCGGCAUCCUUUGGAUGGCCACCACCAAGAGUCUGGGAAGAUGCCUAUGAGGAUAAAGCUCCUUGUGGAUCUCUCGAGGAUCCAGAGAGUAGAGUAAACUUUACCAAUUAUCAAGGGCAUGUGCUUGUUUUCACGUCAGCCAAGGCUUGGAAUCUUAAGCUCGGUGUUUCAUACACUUCAGAUCCCAACACGUUGGCUGACUUCCAACCUAUUAUGAAAUACGUAUGGAUCGACGAGGUCGACGCCGGCGUCACCUGCAUCAACCUCCCUAACGCUCCAUUGUACGUCAAACCCGGCCAUCCUGCCACGCUGCAGCUCUCAUACAGGACCAGCCCUGGCUCGUCUUCCGGUAACAUGACCCUCUACACAUGUGCCGACAUCAACUACGUUAGACCGGAGGACGUCCCCUAUAAGAUCCCCUGUUUCAAUACAACACAACCAAAGGAUCACUUCGUGACUCUUCCGCCCGGACCCAAGUUCCCUCCCCUGAAAUUCCCUCUCAAAGAGUUCCCGCUAGCGGCAAACGAAAGCAUCACGCCGGACACGACGAGUCAUGGAAUUCCCAAGUGGGCGAUUCCUCUGGCUGGCGUCGCAUCAGCUUUCCUUGCGACUCUUUUUUUGUUCUUGGUGUUUAAGAUCUAA